AUUCUCGGAAGACAUAUCAAUAUUUAUGCCUUGGUGCAAAAUCCCAGGUGUCAUUCUGAUCCUUUUAGCUGUGAAGUGAUAUUUACCUGUUCCUCGAUCUCCACAGAAACCAUCUACAGGCGUGUCUGUGACAAAUCCACAUCUGUUCCCUAAAUCACUUACCACAGUCUGCGGGAAGAGGAAAGGAGAGACACAUUUAUCUGUCCUUCGCUCAUUUUGCCCUGGAUUGGACGCACAAACACGUGCCAAGAGAUGAACACUCUGAUGGAGGGAAAGUCUGAGCUUUUCUACCUCGCUGCAGAAGACCUUUUCUUAUCUCUGCUUUGUUCAUUUGGCAAUUGGUACAACAAGUCUGGUCGAGCUGAGAUUCACAGACGUUCCUCUAUUUUUUCGAACUCCUCUGAAAGCCCAGCGGAGAUGUUUGCGCACGAGUGGCAUGGAUUCAUCCCUCCCUGUCACAUGAAAGUGCUUCAGAUGUGCCCCAUUUUGGCCUUCCUGGCCAUUUUGCUGACCACUCCGGUUCUUCUAGUACGUAUCAUGUCCCGUGUUGAUCUGCGGCAGCAGACGCGAUACCUCCUCCUGGCCAAUCUUCUCUUCAGCGACCUACUCUUUGUUUGCAUGAAUAUCCUGAGCGCCUGCAUCAAUUUAGCUGGUGUGUUGAUGACAGAGUGGCCGUGUGCCGUGCUGCUCUUCCUAUCUGCGAUACUAUACAGUUCUGGCGUACUAAGUAUUACAGCAAUGGUGCUGGAUACCUGCUUUGCCGUGUUAUCACCUCUUCGCUACCUGGCAGUGUGGCCUGUGUCGCGAACCUACGGAGCGGUCGCUGCCAUUUGGGUCGUCUCAGUCUUUUUCCCUGCAGCAGCUGUUGGCAUGUUUUUGUGGUACCAUAGUACGGGUCCCUGUGCCCUCCACAUCUGCUCCCUGCCUUUGCUCAUGGUUUUGACUGUAAGCCACUUUCGCCCACUCCAUGUCUCCAUGCUGCUGACGGUCACCAGUAUUCUUUUCAUCCUCCUCCUGGUGUUGUCUGGUUACCUCAUCCUCUACUUUUAUACGCGUAGCUCGGGCGUGUGGAAGGGCCAGACCUCGUCCCGUGCUAAAGGAACAUUUUUCAUCCAUUAUCUUCACCUGUUCCUCGCUUUCUGUCCCCUGCUCGUUUUGAUGAUUGAGCUGAUGCUUUGCCACAAUAGUGAGACUCUGGACCUCAGAGCAAACCUGUGGAUGUCCCUGGUGGUGUCUAACAUCUUACUCAUCCUGCCCAAAGCCUUAGCCCCGUACCUGUACGGGCUCCGCUAUAGAGAACUGUGCAGCGUGCUGUUCCAGUUCUUUCGGCUGAAUAGGCCAAGAACUAUCACACCUGUGCUUUAAGGAUUUGAACCUGUAAAAAAAGACAGUUGAAAGAGUGUUAUUGAGCUUUUAAUCAACUCGUUCAGUUAAAACCUUACAUUUACUAGCUCUAAUGACUGUGGUUUUGUACACAGGAGGAAAUAAUAAUAUGAUGUGUCAGAAUAUUAUGUGAGUAUAAUCAAAAAGUUAUAGUAAUUAAGGCAUUUAUUGUUUAUUAUGGUGUUACGUAUUUACUUAUGGUAUUUACACAAUGUA